AUGUGGCUAAAGCUUGAAGGGAAAUUCUCAUACCUUCGGCUCUCCGACAAUCUCGUUGUCGAACAUGAAACUGGCCACCGAAGGGAUAAAAUUCGAAAUUUGUUUCAGGAGGUCACCGAAGGAACGGAUGACGUGCCGUUCGGCGAGACCCUCCUCGCCGCCAGCUACCUGCAGGGCUGGCACGCCGACGACCCGGAUCGCGUCAUCAAGAUGUACGACGAGAUGACGCUCGAGUUCAUCCGUGUCCUCGAUGCGUACGACUACAAGCUGUUCGCGAACCGGGGCGGCCUGCAAAAAUUGCGCGACGACAUCCGCGAGCAGCUCAAGAAGAAGAUGGCCAUGUACUCCACCGUCGGCACCGAGAUCGCGAUCGAGUUCCUGAAGGCGUCCCGCGACAAGAAUCACGUGCCCGAGUCCCGCAACUGCUCCUACGAGUACUUCAAGUCGUUCUGUCUGGCCGGCAACGACAAGGGCUGCGAGAAGGCGCUCGAGCAAGUCGGCGUCGAGGAGGAGGAGAUCAUCUACGGCACGGCCAUCCAGCUGUCAUUCGAAGCGUGGCGCCGCAACCACCCUCUCCCUGCCUUCUACGGCGACAAACCCCUCGCCACCAUCGUGUUCCGCGAGCUGACCAUCGGCGACAUGUUCUUCGCCGCGUGGGCCGUACAAAAGUGCGACUCGUACACGAGGACCUUGCCUAGCAAGGAAUCGUGGGGCAUGCGGACGUUGAUCGACGCCGCGUCAGCCAAUCACCCAUAUUGGAUCGAACAGUGUGGUGAGCGGGAUUAUAUGCAGAGGGUCGAGCGCUGCCCCUUGCUGCUACCCAUGGAGUACCACGUGGACCUC